GCGACAUGCCGCAGUCCGACGACGCAAAAGCCGGAGGUUGCGCCCCCAUGCACUGCGGCUCCACCGGCGCACCGCCGCCGAUGCCCAAGUGGCAGGGCGCUCCAGCGGUCUGGGACGGCUACGGGCGCCCGCCCCCAGGCGGAUACCAAGCUGCGGCGGCGCCGCCGCGGGGGCCGGGACCGCCCGGGCAGCCCCUCGGCGGUUGUGCCCCCCCGCCGCCGCACCAGCACCAGCCGCAGCCGCCGCCCGCGAAGCCGCCUGGAGCCCACCAGCAGAGCGGGGCCCCCUGUCGCCCCGGAAUGGAGGCCAUGCCGCCCAUGCCCCUGCAGCAGCAGGCCUCCCACCAGGGCCUCAACGCCAUCGACGCGACCCACGUGAUCAACGGGGUACAGAGGAUGGACGGACACCUCGUUAGCCAGGUCGUCAUGAACACCAUCUGCCGCCUGCCAUGGAGCGUGUGCCUGUCGGACCCCAACAUGGAGGAUUGCCCCAUCGUCGGCUGCUCGGAAGGCUUCGAGGCGGCUCAGCAGCUCGUCAGCUGCCGCGUCGGCUCGGCGAGGUCCCGGGGCUCCAUGCAGAACGACACGAGGACCCUCGGGGCCCUGGCCGUCGUGCUGCUGCUGCUGACCGCCCCGCUGGAGCUGUCGCAGCUGGUCUUCGCCUUCGUGGGCGCUGCGGCCUACGCCCUGGUGCAGGCCACGCAGGUGGCCCCACCGCGCACGCCGGCCGCCGGCAAGCUGGGCGCCAAGGCCCCGCCGUCACAGGGCGGCGCGCCCCACCGCCCCGCGAGCUGCCGGGCCGCCCCGCGCUCGGCCCACCGCGGCGGGGUCGAGGCUGGCGCCGCCGGCGCUGGCGCCGAGGAGCGCCCGUGUGCCGGCGCCGCCGGCGCCGCGCCGGCCGCGAGGCCACGCGCCGCGCCAGCCGCGACCCCCGCUGCGCCGGCCAGCGCCUGGGACAAGGAGGUGCAGCAGCUGCUGGACCAGAUCGCGCCCACCAACGAGGCGAGCGUGGUCGUGCAGCGGCUGGCACGCCUGGUGAAGCAGACCUUGCGGAGGAUCUCUCCGGACGUGGAGGUCUUUGGCUUCGCCAGCGCGGACUUGGCACGCGCCGCUGCCUUCGGCGUGGCCGUUCCCGAGGUGGACAUCGUCGUGCACGUCAGCCUGCAGGCGUUGGCGGGCCGCAUGCAAGGACGCGCCGCGUCCGGGAGGCCCGCCGCGUCCGUCGCGGACGUCGACCUGCGCAAGCUGCAGAAGUCCGCCAUCCGCACGUGCACGGACCGCCUGGUCUCCAACGGCACCUUCAAGUUUCGCCGCUCCGCCUUCCGCGGCCAGGAGCCCAAGGUGACGCUGCUGGUGCCCGCCUCCCUCGGCCUCUUCCCAGAGGCCAUCCCGAUCGACUUCUCCGUGAACGCCACCACGCCCCUGUACAACUCGGUGGUCCUCGCGGAGUGCGGGCGGCUGAUGCCGCGCCUGAAGCAGCUGGUCCUGCUGGUGAAGCGGUGGGCGAAGGAUCGCGGGGUGUGCCACGCUGCGAAGGGUCACCUCUCGCCGUACGCCUGGACCCUGCUCGCCGUCUACUUCCUGCAGGUCGGUGCCGACCAGGAGGGCCCCCGGCUGCCGCCCCUCGAGGGCUCCAUGCCGCCCUCGCCCCUAUCCGGGCGGACCGACGUCGCCAUUGGGGAGGGCAGCAUGCAGGUUGGCCUCUCCAUUGAGGACCCGUUCGAGCCGUCCCGCAACCUGGGCGAGUGCACCACCGCCGCGAGCCUUGCGCGCAUGCGCGAGGAGCUGGAGCGCGCGGACCGCCUCUGCCGCGGGCCGAGCGCGUCCACGGCGGUGCUGCUGGAGCCCUGGGUGCCGCCCGAGCGCGCCCCGCUGGAGCGCGCCUGCCAGCGCGAUGGCGAGGACGCCGAGGAGGGGCCGCCGAGCUCGUAG